AUGACGAUUAUUACUAUUAAUGGCAAUUCCCUUGACACCGAGUCGCUGGCUCACGGGGCUUUCAACCUCGUCCCAGAGACAGCCAAGGACUCCAACUACAUCCUGAUACAGACCGAUGGCCCGCUUACCAAGGAGAUCAAGGAACAGCUUAAGAAGGAAGAAGUUGAUAUCCAGGAGAGGGUGUCCGAGAACACCUACCUCUGCGGAUACAAGCCAGAGACGCAACCGAAGGGCAUCGGUAGAAUCGGAGAUCUGCCCUAUAUUACCUUCGCACAAAUUUACCCUCCCCAUUGCGUGAUUGACGCCCGACUCAAGGGCGUUCCGGCUGCGUCUUCAUCGACGAGUCCCCUCCUCCCUACACCGGACCGAAGUAAGCGCACAGUGACCGUUGAUGUCGAGUUCCACAAGGACGUGGUUCCGGGCCCCGAGUUGAUCAAGGAGCUCGCGGCGACCGCCCGGCUGGACCCGGAAUCCCUGAAGACGGCCGGUGAUAAGGCCCGAAUUACCAUUCAGCAUCGCUACCUUGCCGACGUAGCGGAGCUAGACCAGGUUAAGCGCAUCAACGAGGUGCACCCGGUGAAGCUGUACAACGAUGUCGCCCGCGGAAUCCUCCGUGUUGCGCAAGCCGUACAUCCAGCAAGCCCUGCCACGAGGUACGAGGGUGACGGUGAGCUCGUGUGUGUCGCCGACACUGGAUUCGACCAAGGCUCCCUUGACCCCGCUCAAGUGCAUAAAGCAUUCAUAACCCCCGGUCCUGGAGCAGCGCCCGUGGCGCGGAUUCAACGUCUGUACGCCCUCGGUCGCCCAAACAACGCGUCGGACCCCGACGGCCACGGCACCCACGUCUGCGGCUCGGUCGCGGGCGAUGGGACCUACGCUAGCACUGGGGCGCACAUCCAGGGCACCGCGCCCAGGGCAAGACUCGUGGUGCAGUCGACGCUCGACUCCGGUGGCGGUCUCGGGGGCAUUCCGGCAGACUUGCGAGAACUCUUCGCGGCACCGUACAAAGACGAAAAGGUUCGCAUUCAUACCAACAGCUGGGGAGCUCACCCCGCCCCCUUCCGCCAAAUUGAGUACAACAACGAUUCCAAGGCCAUCGACGAUUUUGUCUACAACAAGCGCGACAUGGUGAUUCUUUUCGCCGCUGGCAACGACGGCAUGGACACCAAACCCAACGAUGGCAUUGUCGACAACGCCCAGGUCGGCGCCGAGGCCGCCGCUAAGAACUGCAUCUCGGUCGGCGCCUCGGAGUCCUACCGACCGGACUUCCCCAUCAGAUACGCCAGCUUCGGCUUCCCCAAGCAGCCGCUGGGCGCAGACAAAGUUGCUAAUGACGUCCGCGGCAUGGCUGCCUUCUCGUCGCGCGGCCCGACACGCGAGGGCCGCAUCAAGCCUGACGUCGUCGCACCGGGAACGUGUAUACUCUCGGCUCGGAGCUCUCGCGUGCACAGGGUUUUACCUGACUGGGGCAUCAGUACAGGCGAUGAUACCUACAUGUACGACGGCGGUACCUCGAUGGCUACUCCACUGGUGGCAGGUUGCUGCGCCGUCCUACGCGAGGCGCUCGUCAAGAAUGGCACCCCUGAACCGAGUGCUGCGCUCAUCAAGGCCUUGCUGAUCAACGGCGCCGUCGAGCUCGCCGGUCAGUACGUUCCCACCGAGGCAGGCAGGAGCCCCAACAACUCGAGCGGCUGGGGCCUCGUCGAUGUCGCGAACAGCAUUGUCAUCGGCACUCCGACGGAGGACAACAUUGUUGCUGCAGCCAACAUGUCCGCGGGCUUCCGUGAUGAGGCGGAGCCGCUCGACACGGGCGAGACUUUCGAAUUCACGAUCCCGACUGGGGAUACUGGACGCACCCUGAAAAUCACGCUGGUUUGGACGGACCCGCCGGGCGGCGAGCUGCAGAAUGAUCUGGAUCUGAUCGUCGUCGCGCCUGGUGACGAGAUCAAGCGUCAUGGGAACCAGCCGGGCGAUUUUCCGUACAACAUGCAGACACACUUCGACCGGAAAAAUAAUGUAGAACAGAUUGUAUGGGAGAGGAUUCCGCAAGGGUCGGCGAAGGGACAGUCUUUUGCACUAGUCUGGAAAGUCUCUAAUUAGGCAACCUGCUUGAUCACUUGUACUAGGUAUUGUAUAGGUUAGAAUGCAUCGUGCGAGUUGGAAGACUAAAUACUAAAGGGAAUGCAUUACCCUAGCGGCCUAGGCCCUUUGUUACCCUUGUCCGAGUCUUAAGCGAUCUUCGCUAGCUGUUGCACUCUCUCGACAUGCCGACCAAAGGUACCCUGGCAUUAACGACCCAAGUGCCGCCAAAGUUGUCUCUUCUUUCUGUUCCUUCAAUCUCAGUAUGCUCAUAGACUCAUCAUUAACAAAUUGCAGAAAAACUGGUUGAGAUCAUUACGGCUCCUGUAUGGCGCUUCGAUGUUAAUGGGCCACUGCUAUAAUACCGAG